GAAGAUCUAAACGUAUAACACAUAAACCUUCAUCACCGACCCCCAGAUAAGCCUAUUAAUGAAUAAUAGCACAUUAUUAUGACAAAAUAACAACUAAUGGAUGUAUCAUAAGAAAAAUAUGACAUCAUAAGUGCUUGAUAACAAUACUCAAGCGGAAGUACCUCGUCUCUACCUGGAGGUCGCCCCGGGUCGUCGGAGAAGAUGACGCCGUGUCCGGGCGCUCCGCGGCCGGGGAGGAUUCCUCCGCCUCCCGCCCCCGGCCGCUCGUCACGGCUCUGCGUCACCGUCAGCCGAAGACCGCAGCACCCAGCCCGACAGACCUCUCCCCGACACACCAAAUCCCGGCCGCCCCGCUUCUCUGGAGUCUUCGUCUGGACUGAAUUUUAUACCGAAUGGACUCCCCACGAAGCAGUGUUCGACUCCAGUUCUGAUCUUCCAACAUGGCCGACACGGAGGUCUCUCUCUCUCCGGCUCUGCAUACACUCCACCUAAGCCCCGCCCACUCCUCCACUUCCCCUGCCACCACCUUCUCCUGCCCCUCCUCCCCCUCCUCCUCCUCGUACUCCUCCUGCUCGGAGAGCUCCUCUGACUACCAUCAUCAUCAUCAUCACCACCACAGACCACGCCCCCCGCUACAGAGGCCACGCCUCCCCCCUGGAAGUGACCUUGGCUCCUCCCCCAGUGCCUCACCCCGUAGCUCCUCCCCCAGCGGGAGUGUGGACAGCAGCAGUGACUCCUGCCCCUCCCCCGAGGACCUGCCCCCCGACUCAGAUGUUGUGUCUCCAGUGAUCGACCCGGCCGUGGCUCUCAGGGCGUGUCAGGAGGUCCUGCUGAAGGUGAAGCUCCAGAGCGGAGAGGUCCCGGCCGACUACCCAGGAUGCACCAGUCCACCGCCGGAAAGGAGCCCGGAGGGGGAGGAGGGGGAGGAGAGGGAGGAGGAGGAGGAGGAGGAGGAGGAGGAGGAGGAGGAGGAGAGGGAGGAGAGGGAGAAGGAGGAGAGGGAGAAGGAGGAGAGGGAGAAGGAGGAGAGCGAGGAGCAGCAGCGGCAGGAGGAGGAGGAGGAUCAAACCACCUGUUCACCUUCCUCUCCGCAGGAGGUUGUCGUCACGCCGUCCCCCUCCUCUUCCUCCUCCUCCUCCUCUAAACAGUCGUUGCUGCUGCGUUUGUUUGAGUCCAAGCUGUUUGAUGUUUCCAUGGCGAUCUCCUACAUGUACAAGUCCAAGGAGCCGGGGGUGCAGGCCUACCUCGGCAACCGGCUCUUUGGUUUCCCUGACGACCAGGUGGACUUCUUCCUACCGCAGCUGCUGCACAUGUACGUCCACAUGGACCCGGACCUGGGCGACGCCCUGCAGCCCUACCUGGUCCACCGCUGCGGGGCCAGCGUGUCGUUCUGCCUGCUGUCCGCCUGGCUGCUGGCCGCCUGCUGCUCUGACUCCUCCCUCUCCGCCCACCGCCGUUCCCGCGGCGCCCGGCUCCGCAAGCUCAUCCUGGCCCCGCCCCUCGGCCACGGCCCCCCCGCCCCAGACCCCGGCCCCUCCGGCCCCUCCGGCCCCUCCGGCCCGCAGCCCCGCACCCACCGCCGGGCCCACAGCGGCCUGGGGGCGGAGCCUGAUGGCCCCGCCUCCAGGAGGAGCCACCAGCGCUCCAAGUCAGACACCACGGCCGCGGGCGAGAGACCUUAUGAGGAGGCAGAGCGGGUGCGGCCCCAGAGGGACUUCCUGCGGGCGCUGGUGUCGAUCGGUCGGCGUCUGGCCCGCCUCCCGUCCAAGGAGCAGCGCAGCGCGCGGCUCAGCGCGGAGCUCCGCCUCCUCAACCUGUCGCUGCCGGGGCGCGUGUGGCUGCCCACGGCUGCCCGCCCCCACCACGUGGUGCGCCUGCCCCCCCGCCAGGCCGUGGUACUCAACUCCAAGGACAAGGCCCCCUACCUGCUCUACGUGGAGGUCCUGGACUGUGAGGACCUCCAGACGUCCGCGCUGCCGCUCCGCAUCCCCGAGACCCGCCUCCACCACGCCCACUCCGCCGAGGAGCUGGCCCCCGCAGGGCAUGCUGGGAGCUGUAGUCCAGGGGGCCUGAGCUCCGCCCCCGCAGGGCAUGCUGGGAGCUGUAGUCCAGGGGGCCUGAGCUCCGCCCCCGCGGUGCAUGCUGGGAGCUGUAGUCCAGGGGGCCUGAGCUCCGCCGCAGUGCAUGCUGGGAGCUGUAGUCUGGGGAACCUGUCGGCGGUGGUGAACUACGACGACGAUGACGAGGCCUGGGCCACCGACGACCUGGGCCAGCUGAGGGUGGAGGGCGGCAGUAGUGAUGACCUCACCAGCCAGUUCUCUGUGGACAGCGGCACGGAGAACGCGGAACCGGUCUACAUCGCGGCCGGAGACAUCAGGCGCCGUCUCUCAGAGAGUCUGGCCCUCCCCCCCUCCUCCUUCAGGAGAGACCCUGAGGACCCCUCGGCCCUCGCGCUGAAGGAGCCCUGGGCCGAGAAAGUCAGGAGGAUCAGAGAGUCCUCUCCCUACGGGUCGCUCCCCACCUGGCGCCUGCUGUCUGUCAUCGUCAAGUGUGGAGACGACCUCCGACAGGAACUAGUGGCCUCACAGGUCCUCACCCAGCUCCAGAGUAUCUGGGCCCUGGAGCGCGUCCCUCUCUGGGUGAAGCCCUACAAGAUCCUGGUGAUGUCGUCAGACAGCGGCAUGAUAGAACCCCUGGUGAACGCAGUGUCCCUGCACCAGGUGAAGAAGCAGAGCCAGCUGUCCCUGCUGGACUACUUCCUGCAGGAGCACGGCUCCUCGUCCAGCGAGGGCUUCCUGUCCGCCCAGAGGAACUUUGUGUACAGCUGUGCUGCCUACAGCCUACUGUGCUACCUGCUGCAGGUCAAAGACAGACACAAUGGGAACAUCCUGCUGGACUCUGAGGGUCACCUCAUCCACAUCGACUUCGGCUUCAUCCUGUCCUCGUCGCCGCGGAACCUCGGCUUCGAGACGUCCGCCUUCAAGCUCACCGCCGAGUUCGUAGACGUGAUGGGAGGUGCGUUGGGGGACAUGUUUGUGUACUACAAGGUGCUGCUGCUCCAGGGUCUGCUGGCCGCCCGGAAGCACAUGGACAAGAUCCUCAACAUCGUGGAGAUCAUGCAGCAAGGCUCCCCCCUGCCCUGCCUCCAGGGCCCCGGGUCCCUGCGGGGGCUGAAGGAGCGCUUCCUCCUGUCGCUGACGGAGGAGCAGCUGCAGCUGCAGGUGGAGCGGAUGGUGGAGGCCUCGCUGCGCUCCGUCACCACCCGGCUCUACGACGGCUUCCAGUACCUCACCAACGGCAUCAUGUGACCCGGGAGGGCCAAUCACAGCCCAGGAGGACCCCUAAAGGGGCGGCGCCUGGAAUCUGUUCCCCACAACCAACCGGCCGCCGGCCCAGGAGACCAGAGACAAGAUGGUGGGCCCCGGUUAGCCCCCUGGUUAGCCCCCUGGUUAACCCCCCGGUUAGCCCCCCGGUUAGCCCCUCUGGUUAGCCUCGUGGUUAGCCCCCUGGUUAGCCCCCCGGUUAGCCCCCCGGUUAACCCCCCGGUUAGCCCCCCGGUUAGCCCCCCGGUUAGCCCUUUGGUUAGCCCCCCGGUUAGCCCCCCGGUUAGUCCCCCGGUUAGCCCCCCGGUUAGCCUCCCGGUUAGCCUCCCGGUUAACCCCCUGGUUAGCCCCCCGGUUAGCCCCUCUGGUUAGCCUCGUGGUUAGCCCCCUGGUUAGCCCCCUGGUUAGCCUCGUGGUUAGCCCCCUGGUUAGCCCCCUGGUUAGCCCCCCUGGUUAGCCUCCUGGUUAGCCCCCCUGGUUAGCCUCCUGGUUACCCCCCUGGUUAGCCCCCUGGUUAGCCCCCCUGGUUAGCCUCCUGGUUAACCCCCUGGUUAGCCUCGUGCUUUAGCCUUGUGGUUAGCCAACUGGUUAGCCCUCCUGGUUAGCCCUCCUGGUUAGCCAUCCUGGUUAGCCCCUUCUGGUUAGCCCCACUGGUUAGCCAUCCUGGUUAGCCUCCGUUGUUAGCCCCCUGAUUAGCCCCCCUGGUUAGCCUCCCUGGUUAGCCUCCCUGGUUAGGCCCCCUGGUUAGCCUCCCUGGUUAGCCCGUGUUUUAAAUGCUACUGUGUUGAUGUGAAGGAAGCUACGCUAUGCUACGCUACGUUACGCCUAGCUCUUCACAUUGUAACUUUACUAACCAUCAGAAAAAUCUUGAAUCAAGAGUUGAGUUUAGCCAAAAUGGCCUCUGAUCUGUGGUGACUGCACAUGUGAAAACCUUUAAUGAUUAAUCUAUGAAUGACCGAUCAUUUCAACCUACAGUUUGACCUGUGCUCUGAUUGGCCGAUAAGAUACAUUCCUGAGAUCUACUAGAACCAAUCAGAACCGUUGAGGUACCAUGUGAAGAGUUCUCCUACAGUAAUACUACAGUAAUACUACACCCGCUGUAUAAAUACUAAGAGUUCUACUACAGUAAUGCUAAAAUACCCUCUGUAUGUAUACCAUGUGUACUGUACAGGUAUCUGAUGACCUCUGACCUCUUCAUGGAUCAGACCCAGAGAGUCAUGAGCUGUGAACCUCCAAUAAACACAAAACCUUUUACAUGA